AUGGAUGGAGAAAGUGAUGAUGAGAUGGGUGGUGGUGGGAGUGAACCGUUUUACUCCAAAUUCUACGAUAAAGUGGCUCACACCAACGAAAAGCGAGCAAUGGAUGCAGAUUUGGACCAGUUCACAGUCCCCGACGUUCAGUACAGAAAGGUUCGACACCACUGUCAUACCAAGGAACAAAAUGUAUUUCAGGACCGGGCGAAAUACAUCGGAGCCGCCCACGCUAACUGCAACUUAAAUUGUAGAAAUAGUCGGUAUUGCACGAUUAUAUUCCAUAAUUUAACUGGCUUUGACUCAAAAUUAUUAAUUCUCGCAAUCGCGGAGCUAGGACUCCCGUUGAGAACAAUUUCAAAGACUAGUGAACGACAUAUUUAUUUACUGGUAGGUCAACGUCUACGAAUAAUUGAUAGUCUAGCACACUUGAACAGUUCACUUGACAACCUUGUACAGAAUCUUAAAUUAGAUGGAGUAGAUAAAUUUAAAGUGACAACAAAAUUAUUUGAGAAUGUGUUGGGUGUAGACCUACCACUAGUUUUUGGGAAAUUGGCAUUUCCUUACGACCAUUUGACGAUGCAAAAUCUACACGAACAGAUAGUGGAAUUACCACCGAUUGAGUGCUUUUACAAUAAGUUGAAGGAUAGUCCCUGUGAACCAGAGGAAUACAAGAAUGCGUGCACAAUUUUUAAAAAGUGCAAAUGUAAAACUCUCGCUGAAUUUAUGAGAGUCUAUAAUUUACUGGACUGCAGUUUACUGUGUGAUGUAUGGCGCUCACAUAGAGAACAUUGCUUAAAUACUUAUAAAACCGAUCCCACCAAUUACGUGUCACUAAGUAGUAUGAGUUACAAGAUAGCGCUGAGGGAUGCAAAUGCAACUCUACAAUUUAUUACCACCCCAGAUCUUUAUAAUUUAACAAAAAAGGCUCAGGUGGGAGGAAUCGUGAACGUGAGUAAACGUUACGGCAAAGCCAAUGUUCCUGGUUUCCCUAAUUAUAAUCCAAAGAAACCAACUAAAUACAUUAUACAACUCGAUGUAAAUGGGCUGUAUCCACACAGUAUGUGUGAGAAAUUACCUACAAGGGAUUUUGUUAAAAAAUCUAGUAAAUUUAUGAGGUCGUUUGACCCGACAAGAUAUUCCACGAAAGCGGAUGUCGGGUUUCUUAUCGAGUGUGACCUCGAGAUAUCGUCCGAGCACCACAAUUGGUUUAAAGAUUUACCACCAUUCGCGGAGAAAAGAGUUGUCAACGAGAGUGACCUUUCAAAAUCACAAAAGGAUUAUUUGAAUAAAAAUCCUAAUUCGAAAUCCAACCUGGGUGGAGAACAACUACUACUCACACUUCACAAUAAAAAUAACUAUGUAUUAUUUCUACCAAUGUUGAAAGUAGCACUUUCCCUCGGUGUGAAAGUGAAAAAAUAUCACACAAUUUGGACUUUCAGUCAGAAAGCCUUUCUAAAAAAUGGAUAUUAG